AUAAUCAGUAGCCGACGUCGCGGUGGUACCGGCGGCAUUCGCUUUGUACAAUUGCAACCUUCAUCGCGCAUUCAGUAGUUCCGACUAGAGCGGUACCAUAGACUUAAUUGGUGUAAUCAUGUGUGUUUUGUCAAUAUGAUUAUCCUCAUUUGGUGUUUGUGUUUGUUUAAAUUUAUUUUUGGUGCUACUGUCUUUGACUGCCCCUCUACGGACUUGAAGUUCGAAAAAGUGCUAGGUCUGCGUCCGUCCAACUCCACCCAAGCAAAGCUCCUUUACCAGUUGGAGAAAAACACUCCUUGGAAACCGAUAACAGCUGAGUGUAUAUCCCUGUGUCAAUCGAACAAUGACUGUGCUAGUUUCGUAUUAUAUUACAGUACCUCCAAAUGUUACUGGUAUCGAAAUAACGUGAAUAUUGUAGAUAUACAGAAUGUCAUCGACGAAAAUGUGUCUUGGUUCGUCAAAAAAUGUUUGAAAACAAACGCUUCAUGUGACAAGCUAUGGAUAUUUGAUAGAAUACCUGGUGCCACUCUAAUAGGCAACGAUACCAAAAGGCUGCCCGGUGUUAAGUCAAGGACUGAAUGUGAACAGUAUUGUUUAAAUGAGAAAGAAUUUUCCUGUAGGUCUGCCAAAUUUAGUAUUACACAAACGACGGAAAAACCUGUAACAACUAAUAUCACUACAGGCAUCACUGGCUAUCGAUAUGGCCCUAAUACGGGACAAACUGACUUUACAGGAAUUUGUACACUGAGUAAUGCCGACAGGCACCAACUGCCGAGCUCCUUUAGAGUGUCCAGUUAUGUAGAUGAAUAUUUUGAAAACCAAUGUGCACCAGUUGACAUAAAUAAGAACGAAUUUUGUGCUUACGAAGAAUACGAAAAUAUGACGCUGGCACACGUCGACAUUGCCUUCCAAAAGAAAGAUAAAGAAGAAUGCCAAAAGAUGUGUGACGAGUUUCAUCCAUUCAACUGUCGAGCUUUCACAAUUGUAAAUAAUAAUCAAUGUUACCUCCACAGCGAAGAUUCCAAAAUUUACGGACCAAACUCAUUAAGAACGAGACAGGGAGCCGUGUACUAUGAGAAAGCAACAUGUUUAAAUAUUUCAGUUUCCUGCUCCGAAACCUACAUGACAGUUUCAUAUAAACCUGAAAUAAAUUUCAAGGGUAAAAUGUACAUGGAAGGUUACUCUGACAAUAACGUAUGCGCAGUAUCUGGUAAAGGCAUUUACCAAAAAAUUUCCUUACAAAUUCCAUUACUUACCGGCCAGUGUGGAAUUAUUAAAGCCGAUGGUCCAAUUAACAGGACUCUUCUUUCAGGAAACCUGUUGAUUCAGUACAAUUCAUUAAUUCAAACUCAAAACGACAGACUAAUAAGAGUAGGCUGCAUAUUCGGAAACGAAACAAAAGUUGUCAUUGGCACUGGUGUUCAAGUUUCACCGAUAUUACCAAACCGAGGCAGCGUUAUUAUCAUCCCAGGACAAAAUUCAACCGUGCCAGACGUCAUUAUGAAAAUUGUAGAUCCAAACACUGGUGGUGAAGUGAGUGAUUCACAGAUUGGUCAAUACCUUCAGUUGGAGGUUAUUCUAAAUAAACCAGGAAAUCUGGACAUCUAUGCUAGCCACCUGAUAGCAAUGACCGAAAAAACAGAGGAGUCGAUAUUUUUACUGGACAAUAGGGGAUGUCCAUCUGACCUUAGUAUAUUUCCAGCUCUGACCAAAGUUAGAACAGAAGACAAAGUAGCACUCACAGCCAAUUUUCAAGCGUUUAAGUUUGCGGAUUCGCCGAUUGUGAGAUUUAGCGUAAUUAUUCAGUUUUGCGUUGAGGAAUGCCCAGCGGUAAAUUGUGCUGGAAAUGUGAUAUCCUACGGACGACGAAAACGAGAGACGACACAAAUCGAAACUAUAAACGGAACCACUGUCAUCCAGCUAAAUAGAACAGUGAUUCAACCAAGGUCGAAUACCAUGUUUGAAAUGCCCCUGGAGUACAUUAUGAUAGUACGACAGUCCAACAAAUUUGUGUCAGACAGACUAGUGUUAGGGGAUAAUAAAAUUCUAGUAGCUGGAUAUGAUUAUGCUACAAACGAAGUAUGCCUAGACUACUCCUUGGUGAUAGCUUUAAUCAUUUUAUGGAUAAUAAUUCAGAUAUUCUUCGUCAUCGGUUCCAUAGUACUAGUCAGAAGAUAUAAACGAUACUACCAACACGAAUGUACAAGGCAAUCUAUGGAGGAACUGCACAAAAACUUUGGGUUUGGAAGUAGCAAUCUAGAGAAUAGAAGAGUACAUUGGGCUGACACGGAAAAUAUUCUUUGACGCAUGAAGAAUGGACUUUUGUGUAAUAUAGACUGAUUUCUUUUUGUAAAUAUGAUUUAAUUUGCAAGCUUUUUGUACCGAGCCACAAAGAAAAGUCGGAACUAAAGUAGGUUGUGCAAUUUACAUUUAACCCUUAGUCUCCCAACUGUACUUUAAGUCCGCCUUAUUUUUUUAACUUUUUAAAAUAAGCUAAAAGCAUUGUUUUUUCCUAAUGAUCCUUUAGAGUGCCUACCUACAAAUCAUAUUCUCUAUUUAAAAUGAAAUUAGGGUUAAAUAGGCUAAUAAUAGGUUAAUAUGAAGGGUUAAAUAGAAUUGUGUAGACUACUCUGAUUUCGUUUUUUUUAUUCAGUAAAUGAUUGUAAGAAUCAAGUCAAAAUUAUUCUUCUUCUCUUUUAUUUAUAGCUAAUUUUUGUUGUUAUAUAACACCCUUUUAUAUGUACAGUGUGUUCCAAGGAAAAUUUCACCCCAAAGAAACUCAGAAACCAAGAAUUUCUUCAAAAUUUAAGAGAACAGGUCAAUUUGUAUUGGGAGGGGGACAAAUUAAUAUUCAUUGCAUAAUUCAUGCACUCAAAUGUAACCCCCUAAUGCCCCGCAUCAACCACCAGUUUUUUUAAAUAGCAAGUGUGGUCGAGUGGCACAUCAUUUGAAAGGUGAUUUUUUUAUCUACACAACACUCUAUUUUUUAAUUUACGUAAUAACGUUAAGAACAAACCACUUAUAAACAAUAAUAGGCUACACGUACCUAACACCAGUUAUGAUAGAAAGAUUACUGUAUGCGGACGACGGCGACGUCGCGUCGUUCUCAUAGCAGACAACCCAAGAAAGAUGCAACGAUUAAUUGAUGUAUGGACUAAGGAAAUAGAGAAAAUAAAAUUAUAAAUAACCAUCAGCAAAUGCAAGACGAUGAAAAUAGGUCAGCAGAAGCAGGAUAUUGGAGGCGAAACACGAGUGUUCUGUGUAAAGGACAAGAAUUGGAGAGGGUGACGGCCUACGAGUACUGGGCACGAUAAUAUCGAAUGACGGAAAGCUAGACUUAGAAAUUACAAAUAGGACAAAGAAAGUUACGAAAAUAUAAUAUUAUGCAAUUAAUAAUACGAUACUGGGAAAAGGGGAAAUCAGCCAGGAAACAAAAAUAAAUGUAUAUAAUACAAUCACAGUACCUAUACCAACUCUUCUAUAUGCACGCGAGACAUGGAUUACAAAUAAAAGACAUGAAAGUGCCAUAAAUGCAGCAGAAAUGAAGCAGCUGAGAAAAAUAGCUGGAAAGACGAAGAUGGAUAGGGAAAGGAACGAAAACAUCAGAAACGUGCUAAGUCAGGCACCAAUAGAGAAAAAAAUUGAAAAAAGAAAACUGAAUUGGUUUGGACAUAUAACUACGAUUAACGAAAACAGACUAGUAAAGAAGGUAACAAAUGCCAAAAGACAGGGGAAAAGAUCUGCCCAGAUCUAAAAAGGGGUGGAUGGAACAAAUCGAGGAAAUCGGGACCAAGAGAGGGAAACAGUAGGGAUGGGAAAAACCUACCGGUUAUAACCUAAAACCGGUUUUUUUUCUUUGCAAUAAUCGGUUUUUCCGGUUGUUUUUAUGUGCCGGUUAUAAUCGGAUUUUUCUUUUUAAAGUAAUAACCGGUGAAAAACCGGAUAAGUGGAAAAAAUACUGAAUUCAGAGAAAACAUGGGAAACAUUUUGCCCCCCGCGUGUAAAUAAGAAGUUUUAAGCUGACUGAAACCGAUUUCACAACACUGAUGACUGAUUUCUAUACGCUGUGAGCUUCGCUGGUGUCGCUCCUGGCGGAUUACUAAUCAACUUUCACUGGUAAUUUUUAAAUUUAUUAUUUAAUUGUUAUCGCUUAAUAUUUACAACGCAAAAAAGUAAUUAAAUUAUAAUCGAUUUUUUUAAGAUUUUGCUAAUCAUUUUGACGUUCUAUUGAUAAAAUAUGAAUUUCUUACUUCGGAUACUUUCACAAUUAUCGUAUAGAUGGCGGUAAGGUUAAUAUAUUAAUUUAUAAUUAUAUAUUACGGAACAUUAAAAAAACUUAAAUUCAGUAUUUAAAACGUAUUGUAUAUUUAAGGUAAAAAUAUAUAACACAGCUUUGGCAAACUAAUACUUUUUAUAAUUAAUGUUUUUAAUUUUAAUUUUAAAUUAAUCACUUUGACAUUUAUGUCAAAUUUCCAGUAAUCGUUUACAGACUUGUCACUACUGGCGCUCGAGAAUUUGUAAAUAUCCCUUCUACGUACGAGCUCACAGCGUAUACAGUCGAACCCGCUUAUUGGAAUAGCCUUUGUACCAGGCAAAAAUAUUCUUAUAACCGGGAUAUUCUAAUAACCGAUCAUUGGUGGCUAGUCGAAAUAAGUGUACCGAAUAUACGUAAUAAUAUUAUUUACAUACUAUGCCAAUGUGUAGUUUUACAUACUAUGCCAAUAUGUAUAUCAUAUAUGUACACCUACAUAAUCAGUAUAUGUAAAUGGUUUUAGGUCUUUUUACGUCAAUAAUACAGUAGUGUAACUACUACUUAUCUAUGUAUGUGUUAAAUACCAAAUUACAUUAUAUUAUAUAUGUGAAUGAAUACAGUAGCAGUAGGUAAUUAAUAUAUAAUGUAUGCAAUAUGUAGAUAUGUAAAUAUUUUCUUAUUAAAAUGCAUAUAACAAAAUUACUUAUUUUUUCUUGAGAAAUUAUCGGUAAUUAUAGCUUUUUGUUGUUAAUCCGUGCGGUCAUCCUUAAUCCAUUGGUUGAAUGGAACUUUUAUUGGCGGCAAGAAAUGGAUGAAUUGAAUUUAACAAAGCCAUAAGCCUCUCUGGGUGAAUUCUAAAUAAACUGCUUCUAACAAUUUUAUAGCAGGCAACAGUGCCUUUGUGUAGACAAAUAAAAAUUACUUUAUGACCCAUGCAUUUGUCGGCUAAAAAUCGAAUUGGUACUCGUAACAAAGUAAUAAAUAUUUAUUACCCUAAUAAUAUCUAAUCCAUAAUCCUUGACGACUGACCAUAAUAACCAAACAUAAUUUAAAUUUUUAGUAAAAUUGUAAAAAAAAAUAGUCGUUGACCUGCAAAAUAUGCUAAUAAGCGGUAUUAUCUAAUUAGAACCUAUUCCAAUAAAAGGAUAAAUUUAUUAAGGAGUAAAUGGAAACGUUUCGGGAACUCGAAUUUAUAUUCCAUAAACCGGGAUAUUCCUAUAACAGGGAUUCUAAUAAGCGGGUUCGACUGUAGUAAUAUGGACUGAUAGUAAUUUGAAUGGAAUAUCACAAACUAAAGCGCAAUGUAAAUGUAACCUAGUGGGUGUUGGCUAUGACUAAAAAACCGAACACCGGUCUUUGGAAUAACCGAUUUUUUGACCGGUUAUAACCGCCAGGAUAAACCGUAGGUAAAAUAAACCGGUAUAACCGAAAACCGGUGUUUUGGCAACAACCGCCAUCCCUAGGAAACAGUGCAACAGAUGAAGGAAAGGCAGGAGACCGAAAGGCGUGGAAGAAAUGGGUAAAAAAUGGGCUAGGUGACACCAAAGUCGGACGCCCUUAUAUGGCAUAAGGACGAGGAGAAGAAGAAGUAUAUAACUUCAACGAUAAUUUUGGAUUUAACUAAUUUAUUGGUUAAAUGCCAGUAAUAACAAGAAAAAUAAAAUUUCAAAAUUUCACCCAAUUACCUAAUAAAUUAAAUGUUAUUAAUGACCUCCAAUACCUUAAUUGAAUCAACCUGCAAAUUGAUAUCAACACGUCACUGUGUUAGAUAUUGUUUUUCUUUUUGUAAAAUAUCACAUAUCUACCUAAUUGUCGUUAUGGGAGUAACAAUAAUCCUCAUUUAUUUAUAGAGACACAUACAAAAGACAUUUUAGGGAAUCACGUUAUUGGACUAUUAUUUCUUGAAGAAAAUUUCAACGGAACAAUCUAUUUAAAUUUCUUAGAAGACGUUAUUGAUCCGCUGAUCACUGACAUAUUAGAAUCUGGUAAUACUCUUUUAGAGGAUAAACUGACUUUCCAAGAGGACGGCGGGUACCCCCACAUUAUGAUAUAUAUGCGUAAGACAAUUUUUCAAUUAACUAAUUGAUGGAUUCGACCGUUACUUGAUGGAAGUUCAUUUUAUCUAUCAAUAAAAACACUGAAAACGUUUGUUUUCUAUACUUCCACACAAUUUAUUACAACUAUGACUAUACAGCUGUUUCGGCAGAGUGCCUUUCUCAAGUGAUUUAGAUUACUAUGGUUGCCUUUUUUUUAAGUCUUUAACUGAAGAGGUUGGGGAGUGAGGAGCUGUUUGUCUCGAGUUGGUCAUUCAGAAACAUAUCUGUAUUUUUCAAUUUAUUAAUUUCCAUAGAUUCUGAUAAAGAUAGCUUAAGGCCUUUAUUUUGAAUAAAUGUGCAGAAUUUGAAACUGUUCAUUAAAAGAAUGAUUAUGAUCUAGAAGGUGAAGUGCGCAUGUAGAAAAGUCUGUUUUUCUAUUGUUCUUUUUGCUUUUGUGUUCUGCUAUCCGUUUGUCAAAGGUUCUGCCAAUUUGACCGAUAUAAGUUUUCGGACAGUCACCACAAGUUAGUUUGUAAAAACUGGUGUUAUUCCUUUCUUUUUUAUGUAUAUGGCUAUUUUUGUUGUUAUCUUGCCAGUAUAUGUGAUAGAGCAGAAGGUACUGGGUUCUUUCUUAUGGAGUUUUUGGUUUAAAAUUUUGUUAAUUGUUUGUUCGUUAUAGCCAUUGUUUACUGAUAUUUGUUUAAUGAUGUUCAGUUCUAUCUCGAGUUCUAUAUGAUGUUCAGUUCUAUGUUGUCACAUAGUUGUAAUAAAUUUUGUGGAAGUUUUCAGUGUUUUUAUUGUUAGAUUUUCAAUUAACGUUUUCCAGAGCGUUAGAUAGACAGAAGUGGUCCAAUAGGUGGCCAGCCAGAUCACCGGAUCUUUCGGCUUUGGAUUUUUUUUGUGGGGAUAAUAAAAAUCAAAAAUAUACGUCGCUCCGCCUCCAGAUCUUGCAGAAUUGCGACAGAAUUCCGAUUAUUGACACCGGAGGUAUUUACAAAUGUACAAAGAGGCUUUAAAAAUAAACUGUAUUACUGUAUAUAAAGGUCACAGGAGGUCAUUUUGAACAUUUAAUUGGUUAAUUUGAUCAAAUUUUAUGUUUUUUGUUAUUACUGACGUUCAACCAAUAAAUUAGUAAAAUCCAAAGUUAUCGUCAAUCCGUAAAUUAAAAAGAAUAGAGUGUUGUGUAAAAAAAAAUACCUUUCAAAUGAUGUGCCACUUGACCACACCUGCUAUUUAAAAAAAAAUGGGGGUUGAUGCGGGGCAGUAGGGGGUUACAUUUGAGAUCAUAAAUUUUGCUCCCAAUACAAACUCAUCUCGAAAAUUCGUCUCCCUCCCAAUACAAACUGACGUGCAUUUUUAUAUUUUGAAGAAACUCUCGGUUUCUAAGUUUCUGUGGGGGUCAAAUUUUCGUUGGAACACACUGUAUAAUGUGUAUAUUGUAUAUUAAAUAUAAUAAUUUUACCCUGUAAUUAUUUAUUGUGUAUCAAUCUUAAGCUUUUUUUAAUUUGAACAUAAAGUGCCUAUUAUAAUACCAAAGUUGUCUUUAGAAGUCUAAAAUAAAUGUUUUAAUCUAUA